AUGGGCCUCAUCCCCGACCGUGUGGUGCAGCUAGAGCCCAGCCAGGAGGAUAUACUCCGCUUAUACUCGGAAUCUGUGAGGGCCUAUGAAGAGCUCUAUGCUCCUUAUAGAGAUCGCAAUGACCGAAGGAUCACGUCCCCGACGGCUGGGUCGGAUCGCAGUGCCGUGGGGGCGGGCCCGUCUUCGCCGUCGUCGAGCCAUGAUGAGAGCAGAAACUCGGGCAAUGAACAACAACGGGGCCGCUCGGACAGCGCAGAGCUACCUGGCCUCUAUGCAGAGCUCAACACUGUCAGGCGGGACAAGGCUGCAUUAGAGCAACAAGUGAGUUCCCUUACUGAGAGCCAGAUGGUCCUCAACAACCAACGCCGGCUACUAGCGGAUCAGCUAGAGACCGCCCGUGCUCAGGUCGAGCAGUGCAAAGCUGAGAACUCCCGGUUGAAGGCCGAUAUAGAAGCGAUGAGAGAGCGGCGCCGUGACGCCAGCGGGCACGAUUCGGUCCUGGCACGCGCCGUCAGCCAGUCGUCCAACUUGGAUGGUGCUAAACUCGAGUUCUAUCGAGAACAGAUGAGCAUCCUGGCCCGAGAGAACCAACGGCUGAAGGCUAAACUCUCAGACUACGAGAGCUGUCACCGGCGUACUUGA